CAUCAUGCCUUUGUCCCGCAUUAUCAAGUCGGUACUCCAUACAGCGCAUGCUGUUCUGACAAACCCGUACAAUCGGAAGCGAUCUUCAUUUAGGUCCUCACUCAUUCACACUUCACUCACGAUCCGCAAGAUAUACAAAGUCACCCUACUCCGCCCCGAUCUGUCUAUCCUCGCUUCCAAAUCGCAAGCAAUCCGCUCACGCAGACCCGCCACAUAUCGUCCAUAAACCCUACACAGGAUGGCCGCGUCAGAUCUCGACCAGUUGGUCAUGAUGGGAUUCGACAAGGAGAGAAGUGAGAUGGCCAUCAAGGAAACUGGCGGUUUGGCCGAUGCCAUCGACUGGCUAGAUCAGAACUCAUCCAAAUCAUUAGAAGAACUCAGAAGCGAAAAGGAAGCCGCAGCACAAGCAAAAGCCGAAGAAGCUGCUGAUCAGGCGCGGAGUCUAGUGUGUAACGAAUGUGGAAAGAAAUUCAGAGGGACAGCACAAGCCGAGUUUCACGCCUCCAAAUCGGGCCAUACAGACUUUGCAGAGUCGACCGAGGAGAUCGCACCUCUGACUGAGGAAGAAAAGCAGGCCAAGUUAGCAGAACUGAGGGAAAAGCUGGCAGCGAAGAAAGCGGUGCUGUCGGAGCAGGACAAGAUUGACCAGAAGCGAAAUGAACAAAUCAACCGCAAGAAGACGAAAGAGACCGAGGAUCUGAAGGAGCAGCUGCGGGUGAAGGAACAGAUCAAGGAGGCUGAGAAGAAGCGACGGGAGAAGCAAGCAGACAUUGAGGCGAAGAAGCGAAUACAGGCCAAGAUUGCCGCCGACAAGGAAGAGCGAAGAUUGAAGAACGAGAGAGAAAAGGCUGCCCGAGCAGGAAUCGCAGUUCCGGUGGCAGAAGCCGCUGCACCUGCUCCGGCGCCCCCGAAGCCUGCAUCAGACUACAAGGAGACGCGCCUCCGUCUCCAAACAACAGCCGGCAACAUCAUGAAGACCUUCCCUGUUGAGACGACGCUGUUCGAGGUUGCCGCUGCGGUGGGUGAGGAGACAGGGCGAGAUGUUGAGAGUUUUACUCAGAAUUUCCCCAGGAAAGUGUUCAGCCAGGAAUACUUCGGCGAGUCGCUGAAGGAUCUGAAGUUGGUGCCAAGUGCAAGUUUGAUUGUAACGUAGGUCUUCUCACUCUCUAUCUCUUUGAGCUUGACGAAGACUCCAUGGCGAAGGAGUGGAAAAUGGACCUGGUGGGUGCCUGGGCUGGCAAGCAUAUCGGAUCAUGUUGCCAUCGGUUGAUCCAGGCUGGGCUGACGAAGAAUGAAAGGGACUAUCCACUACCUUGGUAGCCCGCCAAUAUGUGAGAAACUCAAUCUUGGGCGACUUGCGCACAACGAUCCAUUAGAUGUAGAAACGAGAAGUGGUAGGUUGACUUCAGUACAUAGUACAAUAAAUAACGCGUCGAGCACUCGAGG